GCGAGUGCGCGAGCGCCGAUAUCGCGCACUUCCUGCCGACCGCGACCCCGGCCCCGGCCUGCCCGCUGAGGUCGUAACCAGUAGCGAGUAGCCAGUAGCCGUCCAACCAGUCAGUGAGUGCGUCCCGCAGCCACCAGCCGCCGCCGUCAUGCUCGUCCGCUCCAAAGCCGUCCUCGCCGUCUGCUUGCUCGUCGCGCUGCUGCCGAGUGGCAAUUUUUUAAAUCCCAAAGAUGACAUAUACAUUGAUGAUGAUACACUGGAAGGUUCUGGAGGAGGAAAUGAUGAGGUCAAAGAUGAUCUGGAAUCAAGUGGGUCUGGAAUGGGAGAUGAUGAUGAAGAUACCACCGAGGGAUCAGGUGGUAGACCUCCUAUUGUAGGUACUCCACAGAUACCUCAAGUACCUUCAAAACCAGUCGAAGAAAACAUAGCCACCGUGACAAAAGUGAAACCUGUCGACACUCCGCCACAGAGUCCUGUAGAGGUCACUGGAGUUGGAAACGAGCCUCCUGAAAGUCCAGAAGAAGACAAGGAAGUACGAACUGAAAUUGAUGUGCACAAAGAUCCGACGGUAGUCAUGAACCCUAAGCAGGAAGACAGAGCAACAUCCUUCUUUGCCCAACCGGGUAUUUUAGCAGCGGUGAUUGGAGGUGCUGUUGUUGGUUUGCUGUGUGCUAUACUUGUUGUGAUGUUCAUCGUGUACAGAAUGCGGAAGAAGGAUGAAGGUUCGUACGCUUUAGAUGAGCCGAAGCGUUCACCAACUGUCAAUUCGUACACAAAAAAUUCCAACAGAGAAUUUUAUGCUUGAAGUGAAUUUUAAAUGACCAUACUGGAAAGGCAUUGUUCCAUAAAAUUGAUGGAAUUGGUCUAAUUCCAUGAACCCAAAUUUUUGGGGGGUGUAUGAAGUUUAAUGCAUUUCCAAAGAAAAGAGCAAGAACUGCAUUUAUGGAAAGUGUUGAAUGCAAUUGCCAGUCACAACAGGACCAUAUGGAAAUUACAGCCAACACAGUUUUUGAAAUGAUAGACUGAAGAAAGGUUUUGUGUAAAUGAGUUUCUUUUAAUAUUAUUUCAGAAGGUGGUAAAAGUGAGGAAAUGGCACUGUUAUUUUUGGUAAAAGUUAUGUUUAGAAUUAAUUGAUAAAACCUUUUAUUUUUGUCUAGAGUGAUACUUACAUUAUAAAAAUGUACUGCUCUCUUUUUACACCAACACAAUUUGUCACAUUAUUAAAGGAACAUAUCAUUUUAUAAUAAUGCACACAGUAUCAGUGUGAGAAUUUUGUUGGUAUAUUCUACACUAAUAUUGGAGCAUAUUUAUUUUUGUCUUAUAUAAUGCCAUUACCUCCUUUUACCAACUGCUGCAAGAAAAUUUUCAUAAUGAAAUGAAUGCAUCUCAGAAUUGUACACAGUUCUGGCUUCAAGAUGACCCAGUGGCUCUUUCCUAUGUCUACAUGAAAUGUAGAAGAGACAUUGCAUUUUCAUGUUGCAACAUACCGUUUCUACUAUGAAUGUUAACUUAUCUAGUGUUUUACAGCCUUUACAAUUCAAGCACUGGGAAUAUAUGUAUAUAUUUUGUAAGCUGUUUGUGUAAAGGUUAUCAAGUUUUAAUGCUCACCAAAAAGGCCACUCACUGUGUUGUCAUAUAACAUGCUGUUUCUAUUCCUCUCAUGCCGCAAAUUGAUAUCCUAUUCGAUGUUUCAUUUUGUACAACUGCACUCAGAUUGAUGCGUUAUUUAAUUGUAUGGUGUAGUAGUCUACUGUUCUGAAGACGUCCAGAUGGGAUUUGCAUUCCAGAAGUUUUCUAGUAGGCAGUUCAUAUCUAAAAUUGGAUUACACAUUUUAUAUGUAAAAUGCUUAAUCACCCAUAAUGUAAGUGUGCAUGCAUUUUGUAAAUGAGAGGUUUUAGCACACCACUCUGAUGGAAAAGUCAGGUCAAAAAAUGCCCUUCAGUGCUAAAAAAUCUAAAUUAAAUUAUGUUAAUUGAUCCAUUAUUGCCAGCAGUUUUAAAGAUAUUCUGAAACUUAUUCUGCAAGCAUAUCUUGGAAGUUCACUUGUGGACCAUGUUUCUAAAAGCACAACAUUGUAUUAGUCUUUACUUCUUGUAUUUCACACAGGAUUAGAACUACUGAAAUGUGACAAAUUAAGAACACCAAUAGUUGAAAUUAUGAUCUAGCACCAUAGUAUGCAUAAAUACACAUUGAGUUUUCAGAGCUGAAGGUUUUUCUCACACUUUGAAAUGCUGAACCACAAAAGGGCAGCAGAGAACUGAUAAAGAAAGCAGCACAGGGAAAGGUUAAUGGUUUAAGAUCUGUGUGUGUCUGUGUGUGUGUGUCUGUGUGUGUGUGUGUGUGUGU